AUGGAUCACUUGCGCGUGUUUGCUUCGCACGGCUACGCUUACAUUGACGAUGUGAAACGGACCAAACUGGAGCCCAAGAGCUUCAAGUGUAUGUUUAUCGGCUACGCAGAGAAUGUCAAGGGCUAUCGCGUGUUUGACUUGGAGAAUGCGAAGAUCAAAGUGACUCGCUCUGUGAGGUUGGGUGAGCGUGAGGUGGGCGGCAUUUACGACACGCAAGAGGGUGGUUAUGAAGUCAAGGUUCAGCAUCAAGUGGAUCGACAGCCAGUUCUGGACGAUCCGAUGGAAGCUGUCGAAAAGCCAAUUGCAGAUGUCGAAAUGGAUGAUAUGGAUCACGCGCCAAACAUCGAUGUACAGCGGCUAAUGCCUUCUGAGAGCCCUGUACAAAAGAGAUUUGAGCUUACGGAGUAUCAUCAACCGACCCAAUGCAACACGAAGAUCGUUUGGAACUGCUCAGAUGACGAAGAGUCGGCAGAAGGCAAUGAAGGCCCACAGGCUCCGAAGCGUGCUAGGAUUGACGAGGAUGGACUAGUUGCAGAAGCUGUUCUUGCCUACGCCGUUAGCAUUGACGAUGAUAUGGACCUACCAUCUACGUAUGCUCAAGCAAUGGCAAGCGACGAUGCGAUAAAAUGGCGUGAAGCAAUAGAUGCUGAACUUUGCUCUCAUGAAGAAAGUCGAAUGUGGAGAUACGAGGAAAGAUUAGGCGCACAAUUGGAUCACGAUGCGAAUUUGCCAAGAAACGUGGUUAAAAUGGCGAUGUCGUGCGAUACAAGGCACGACAAGUUGCGAAAGGAUUCAAACAAAAGCAUUGCGUCGACUUUUUCGAGACUUAUCCUCCGGUCGCCAGCAUGA